UGAUGUUUGUGUCUGUGUAUUAAGGUACUGACGAGGAAGAUCAGGGAGAUGACAUGCUACUGCAACACAGAAUGGACUUCUGGUGGUUCCCUCACAUGUGGAGCCACAUGCAACCUCACCUAUUCCACAAUGUCAGUGUCCUGGGUGAGCAGAUGAGGCUAAACAAGAUCUUUGCUCAGGAACAUGGUAUUCCCACAGAUAUGGGUUAUGCAGUGGCUCCUCACCAUUCGGGCGUCUACCCAGUCCACAGCCAGCUCUAUGAAGCCUGGAAGUCUGUGUGGGGCAUUAAGGUGACCAGCACAGAGGAAUACCCUCAUCUGAGACCGGCGCGAUACCGUCGUGGAUUCAUCCAUAAUGGAAUUAAGGUCUGACUGUCUCU